GGUUAAAAAGGGAAAAGAAAAAAUUCACCAGUUCGCCUUUAUUCAUUAGAAAGUCCCCAAUUUUUUAAUGUGAAAAUUUAGCUAGCUUGUGAGUUUAUAAACAAUGAGUACAUAUGAUAAUAAACAAAGGUUAACGAUGGUAAAUAAUCAGACAACUAAAUACACAAACUGUUUUUUUUUUUUUAAUAUUAAAGGCUACACGAUAAACUAUAAAUUAUAGAACAUAUUUAAGGAUGUCUGCUUUCAUAAUACAUUAUAAACAAUCAGUUAAUGAAUACAUGAACUAUAACUGUACUUUACUCGUUCGCGAGAUGUAGGCUGCAGUAACCGGAAGUGAAACUGCAAAACUACAGAUCCCAUGAAGCACGCGCGCGCGGGUAGGUGAGCGCGGGAGAUGACGUCAGCCCGGAUUCUAUUUGAAUCUGCUGUUGGUGUUAGCAGAGAAGCUUCAGUCACUUGUGUUCAUCUGGUACAUUUUUCAAAGGAAGAUAUUUGAUUUCCGCGUGUGAUGGACCCCACGGAGGAGGACGAUGUGUCUGCGCGAGUUUUACUCAGAAACGUCCUGCAGACGGACACGCAGCGCUCUCCCGUCACCAGGAGCGCGUCUCGUGAUCAGCAGCUUUCGCGUACGCGGAGGAGUUCCAGACUGAGGAACACGCCUGAGACGCCUCACGUUGCUCUCCGUAACAAACUCAAACAGAAGCUGCAUGAGACGGCCGCUCAGUCUCCGCCCCCGCCCAGUAAACGUGCCCGGUCUCAGGGCAGGACGCUGAAGACGCCGGCUGUGCUUCCCUCUCCCGCGCUGUACGACGAUGACGUCACGCCUCGCGGGCUGCUCAGGGGCAUCAUCCGGACGGAAGCGGAGGCGUCUCUGCUGCUCUCGGGUCAGACUGCCGUGCCUAAGGGGGAUCAGCAGGAAGCAGAGACGAGUCACCAUAGCAACAGACGCAGUGACGGUGUGUCUGGACUCGAGCUGCCUGACUUGGCCACAGAACCACUGACUCACCUGGUCCGUGGGAUGAGCCGCAGGAGGCCGGCGCCCACUUUUAACGUCUCUGCCUUUGAGAAACAGCUGGACCAGACAUCAGGUGAAGAAGAGGAGCUGGCCGUCCCUCAGGAGAAUCCAGAUGUCAGUAAGGAGCAGGAUCUCUCUGCAGGAUCGAAAAGUGUCCUCAGCCUCACCUUGAAGACGCCGUUCGUGAACCUCCCCUCCGAGAGGGCGGGUCUGAGGCGAAAAGCGUCCGGGCGACGGAAGGGGGUUUCCGUGGACGCGUUCGAUGAGGCCAUCCAGAAACGCUUAGAGGCACGUGAUAUCCAAGAUUAUACAGCAGUGCAGGAUGGAGGAACUCUCCAGGACUCGGACUGGCAGAAGUUCACUCUGGGUUUGAGUAACGUCACCGUGCCGGAGCUCACCACACACGUGAUGAUGAGCAACACGGAGCUGUACGCCCACCCACAGGCCUCCGAGCUGCGAGAUGCUGAUGGAGAGGUUACAGAGGCGGAGAUAAGAGAUAACCAUGGUGGUGAUGGAGAAGAACUUCAGGACGUUGUCCAAAAUGAACUUAAAGUUCGUGAGAGCAGUGUUUCCAAACCUAACAAAGAUCCUUCAGAAGCCCUGGAGCCGGAUUCCCAGAGUCGGGAAGAGGAGGACGAUGUGGAGAUGAUUCCUCCGUCACCAGGGGGCCACGGCAUGUCCUUGAGUCCCGAGGAUAUCCCGUUCGCUCCGACUCAGGCCAUGGUAGAGCGCGAGCCUCAGGAGCAGGAGGAGAGCGAGUCUGCUGUACAGGAAGCUCAGGUGGAGAAGAUGGACCAGGGAGAGGGUGAAAGCAUUCAUGGGGAGGAGCUAUCACAUCUGCCUCAGCGAAUCACCCGGAGAGCGUACCACUCGGAGGGCGGAGCCAUCAGGGAUGGUGUGAUGGCACGAGGCAGAGGAGCGAAGAGCCUCGGGAUGGAUCAGGAUCUCACUGAGAAACAACUGCAGAGUUUGGCUGGUGGAACAGAGCUGGAAGAGGUGUUCAGUAUGGAGGUGGAGAAAGAGUCUGCUGAGACUCCUCAUCGCAGCCCUGCGUCAUCCUCAGCCAUCCACGCUGCAGAUCCUGAGCCGUCUCUGACACAGAACGUUGACCAGGAGGAAGUUCACCGUCGCCGCCAAUCAGAACACGAGGAGGUCAUUGUCUCGGUUCAUCUUAGCCCCACUGUCAACUUUUCUGCUGGUGAGGAGGAGGAGGAAGAGCAACAGCAGGAAGAAGAAGAAGAGGAGGAACAAGAUCAGGAGAAAGAAAAAGUGGAGGAGGAACAAGAACAGCAGCGAGACGUGGAAGCGAUGCCUGAAGAGGACGACGAAGAGCAGCAGCAGGAAGUAGAAGAAGAGGAACAAGAUCAGGUGGAAGCACUGCAGGAAGAGGAGGACGAAGAACAGGAGCCGCAGCAACAAGAAUUUGAAGAGCUGCAGGAAGAGGAACAUGAUCAGGAGCCGGAGGAGGAGGAGGAGGAGGAGGAGGAAGACAACCAGAGUGAAGAGCUCUCGAUGCAGACCCCAGGGUUUAUCAGACAGCGGAAGCAGGUGUCCACUCCCGGUGCUCUGGCCACACCCACCGUCCUCAAAGCUCAGAAUGCUGGUCCUGCACCGAAAGUCGUGAAGCCACGCUCGAGACGCACGCCUCACAGCGCCUCCGCCGGCGUCCUGCCGAAGAGCUACGUCAUGAGCGUGUUUAAACACUUCGCCAAAACGAAGGUGGCCAGCGACGUCUAUCCCGUCAUCAGUGACAUACUGCAGAGGUAUUUCGAUCGUCUGGCGGAAGACCUGGAGGUGUACUCGGCCCACGCCAAGAGGAAAACCAUCGAGGUUGAGGAUGUUGAGCUCCUCAUGAGAAGGCAGGGCUUUGUAACGGACAGCACGCCGCUUAACGUCUUAAUCGAGAAAUUCCUCCCGCUCGAAUACAGGAAGCUCCUCAUCCCCGUCGCAACCAGCGGCAACAAAGUCGUUCCUGAUCUGCGGAGAUGAAGCGCCCACACAGAUCUCUUACAGUCCAAUUUUCAUUGGUUCAAAUGUCAUUACUUUGGAUCUUUUGGUGUUUUAUUUAACCUUCCCAGGCUGCAGAUGGACACUAAAGGUCAAAAUUAUUAUUUUUUUUUUUUGGUUUGUUUGUUCGUACGUUUGUUUCCUACUUGUUUUGGACAUUUUGUUGAAUAUAGAUUAUAAAUAAACCUUUAAAUAUGCUGCU